GGCAAUCGUGUUGCUAUGGAAAUAACAAUAUAAUAUUUGAAAUUCUAAUUACCUGUGUUGUAUUGCAUUGUGUGCAACUCAUGUUUGGUAACGCAAUCAUCUCAAUAACUUAGCGUACAUUAUGUUGCUCGAAGAAAAACAUAUUAGGAAAGUGAUCAAAGGAUGUUUCGAACUGGGAGUGCAAGUCUCCGAAGAACUAGCUUAUGUAUUUUUUAAAUGCUGGUUAUUAAAUCCCUAUGUGAAGAAUUUACAAAAACAGCCGUUUAAAAAUGUAACGAAUAAAAUUAUAGACCAAUGUAUUCAGCGUUUAUCUAUUCACAAGGACCCAGCUAUAUUAUGCAUUAAAAUGCAAUUACUCAUAGAAAACGAUUAUAAAUGUAGAGGAUUUAUUAUAAAUAAAGUUAAUGAAGAAAAUGAUCAAAAAAUUAGACCAUUAUUGAAUGACAUUCUAGAUGAUGUAGAAUACACGGGAAACAAAAUGAGUGCAUACAAUCAAAAAAUAAUACAGUACAUAAUUUUAUCCAACUAUAUGGGAGAUCCUACUUCACCAAUACGUGUUCAGGAAAUUUCUGAUGCAUUAAAUAACGUAUUAAAUCAAACAAAAUCAUCAGCAUUUGAAAACCAAUUAUCAUCUUUAAAAAUAAAUCGAUUGAAAGAAAUAUCAAACUUGGUAUGUGGCAUUUGGCUUCACAACAUGGUCCGUAAAGAUAUUAAAGAAGAAACAUUGGAUAUGAUAGAUACACUUCCUAAUGCCGUUGAUUUGCUUCUACAAAAUAUUAAUCAAGAAUUAAGAGAAAGUUCUAAGAAAGUAAUAAUGUUAACUUCAUGGAUAUUUCAAUACUAUAAAGUAUACAAUGAAAUAUUAGCUCCAAUAUUUGUUAUAAGGAUAAAUUUAGCAACUGUUACAUUAAAAAAACUGAAUGAUUAUAAAACUAUAUUGGUAUUUUAUCUACAGUAUCAAAAAAAUUUAGAAACUAUCAACAACGAUUUAAAUAAAUUAAAAAUUGAAUUGCCUGCAUUAUUGAAUAAGUUUAACUUCACAUUGAAAGAAAUAAAAAAUACAAAUAACUGUGAUGGUGAAACAAUUUUUCCAGAACUCAACAAUAUAUCAAUAAUUUGGAAUGAUAUUAAAGGGAUUAUGAAUUAUUUGAGCAUUACAUGUAGUUUAAUAUUCACCAUGAAGCAAAUGACAAAUGAACUUAUUAACUUUAAUGAAGAUUUUGAUAGUAUGUCAAUCGUGAAUACAAUAUCAACCAAUAAUGAAGAACUGUAUACAAUUUUUGAGACAAAUCCAUUACACCCCAUGUGUGAAUGGCAUCCACCAACCAGUGCAAAUAUUGGAAGGAACUUUUUUGCAGACGGAUAUUGUGUAGUGAUGAUAGUUGAAACCGAAGGAACAUUAAUAAAACAUGACAAAACCUUUGGUGUAAUACAAUAUUCUGAUGAAUGGUUUGGUUUUUCAAGUAUUCAAGCAGCAUUACAUUUUGGUACAAAACCAACAUACUAUUUGAACCACUUUUUAAACUUAUUGAGGUCCAAAACACAUUUAUUAUCAUUUUUCCAAUUAUAUGAACAAGUGGCAGGAAUGCAAAAAAAUUUCAAUGAAAUGUAA